UAUUCCACAUAGGUCUCCAGUUCGCCUCUCUCUUCCUCUGGCUCUCAGUGGCCCUGCUUAACGCUUGCACUUGCACCUUCCCUUCACUGAGUUUUCUCACCAUGAACAGACAAGUCUGCAAGACAUCUGGAGGCGGGAGCCAGGGCUUCUCUGGCCGCUCCGCCGUGGUCCCCGGCAGCAGCAGGAUGAGCUGUGUGGCCCGCUCAGGGGGAGCCGGCGGAGGGGCCUGCGGGUUCCGGAGCGGAGCAGGAGGCUUUGGCAGUCGCAGCCUCUACAACCUGGGUGGCAGCAAGAGCAUCUCCAUCAGCGUGGCUGGUGGCUCCCGGGCUGGUGGCUUUGGGGGAGGGCGCAGCAGCUGUGUCAGUGGCUUUGGGGGUGGCUAUGGAGGUGGCUUUGGUGGUGGCAGAGGACUAGGAGGUGGUUUUGGAGGGGCUGGUGGCUUUGGAGGGGCCGGUGGCUUUGGAGGGGCUGGUGGCUUUGGUGGAGCUGGUGGCUUUGGAGGAGCUGGUGGCUUUGGUGGAAUUGGUGGCUUUGGUGGCCCCGGUGGCUUUGGUGGUCCAGGUGGCUUUGGCCCGGGUGGCUUCCCUGGGGGAAUCCAGGAAGUGACUGUCAACCAGAGCCUCCUGCAGCCCCUCAAUGUGGAGAUCGACCCGCAGAUUGGGCAAGUAAAGGCCCAGGAGAGGGAGCAGAUCAAGACCCUCAACAACAAGUUCGCCUCCUUCAUUGACAAGGUGCGGUUCCUGGAGCAACAGAACAAGGUCCUGGAGACCAAGUGGAGCCUGCUCCAGCAGCAGGGCACGCGUUCCGUCACAGGCACCAACAACCUUGAGCCCCUUUUUGAGAACUACAUCAACUCCCUGCGGAGCUACCUGGACAACAUCCUGGGGGAGAGAGGCCGCCUGGACUCAGAGCUGAGGAACACGCAGGACCUGGUGGAGGACUUCAAGAAGAAGUAUGAGGAUGAGAUCAAUAAACGUACCGCUGCUGAGAAUGAAUUUGUGACCCUGAAGAAGGACGUGGAUGCUGCCUACAUGAACAAGGUGGAGCUUCAGGCUAAGGUGGACUCCUUAAUGGAUGAGAUCAGUUUCUUGACGACCCUCUAUGAUAUGGAGCUGUCCCAGGUGCAGAGCCACGUCAGCGAUACGUCCGUGGUUCUCUCCAUGGACAACAACCGCUCCCUGGACCUGGACAGCAUCAUUGCUGAGGUCAAGGCCCAGUAUGAGGAGAUUGCCCAGAGGAGCAAGGCUGAGGCUGAGGCCCUGUACCAGACCAAGUUGGGUGAGCUGCAGACCACGGCCGGCAGGCAUGGGGACGACCUGAAGAGCACCAAGAGUGAGAUCUCGGAGCUCACCCGCUUGAUCCAGAGGCUGCGGGCCGAGAUCGAGAACGUCAAGAAGCAGAACGCUAAACUGCAGACGGCCAUUGCUGAGGCUGAGCAGCGUGGGGAGCUGGCCCUCAAGGACGCCAAUGCCAAGCUCCAAGAGCUUCAGGCCGCCCUACAGCAGGCCAAGGAUGACCUGGCCCGGCUGCUGCGUGACUACCAGGAGCUGAUGAACGUCAAGCUGGCCCUGGACGUGGAGAUCGCCACCUACCGCAAGCUGCUGGAGGGCGAGGAGUGCAGGAUGUCUGGGGAGUGCCAGAGUGCUGUCAGCAUCUCCGUGGUCAGCAGCAGCAGCACGACCUCAGCCUCAGCGGGUGGUUUCGGAGGCGGAUACGGCGGUGGCCUUGGCCUUGGCGCCGGCGGCGGCGCGGGUGGCGGCGCAGGCAGUGGCUUUGGCCGCGCGGGCGGCAGCGGAUUCGGCGGCGGCAGCGGAUUCGGCGGCGGCAGCGGCUUCGGAGGCGGCAGCGGAUUCAGUGGCGGCAGUGGCUUCGGCUCUGGCUCCGGGGGUCGCGGCGGGGUCAGUGGCGGAGGCUUCAGCUCCGGCAGCAACCGUGGCAGCAGCGUCAAGUUCUCCCAGUCCACCCAGCGCAGUUCCAGAUAAAGAUCGCGCAGGGGCACCGCAGCCACCCCAGCGUCUCCUGUCCGCAUCCUCUCCUUCACUCCGACGUCAGCAGCCCCCUCAGCGCUCUUCCCCACCUCUGCCCCAGCCCCGGCCGGCGGCUGCUUUUUGGGGCUAGAAAACCAAGAUCUCUUGUCCCUUCAUCCAGAUCCCGCACCAAGCACAGCUGUGAGCAUUUCAGGCUCUCUCUCUCUGGCUCCAGCCUGUGGCUGUGAUUAUCCAGCUGUGGGCCUCAGCCACCACCUUCUGCUGCCCUUGGGGUCCCUUCCCUGGGUGGAAUGGUCACCACAGUUCUGAUGUACAUAACACACAGGCCCCUCUGCCCAUCCAUUCUGUCACCAAUAAAGUGCAUUGUG